CAAAACCUCAUUUCUGAAAUCCUAAAGAGAAUCAUCUAAUUUUUUUUACCACUAUGGCCAAUUGCAGCCCUUCUUCUGAUCAGAAACCAGAUGAAAUGGCUUCAAUGGAGCAUGGAAGUGAAAAUGAUGUUAAAGUUCAUGUGUUCUCAUCAUCAUCAGAGUUGAUAGGAAAGCUGCACGAGAAGUGGAGUCCGGAACAGAAGAAACCGUAUCCGGCUAUGUAUUCCAGCGUUGUCGGAGGGAUCAUUCUCGAUCCUGCCAUGAUGGUGAUCCCCAUUGAUGAUCACAUGGUUCAUCGAGGGCACGGCGUGUUCGAUACGGCCGUCAUUCUAGAUGGCUAUCUCUAUGAGCUGGAUGCUCAUUUAGAUCGCUUCCUUCGAUCAGCAUCGAAAGCAAGAAUCACGUCUCCGUUUCCUCGAUCGACUCUCCGUAGUAUUCUCGUGCAGUUGACUAUGGCGUCCCAGUGUAAGGAAGGAACUCUGCGUUACUGGUUGAGUGCCGGUCCGGGUAAUUUCUUGCUUUCUCCUUCUGGAUGUCCAAAAUCUGCAUUCUACGCUGUAGUCAUCGAUGACGUCGUCUCGCAACACAACGACGGGGUUAAAGUGAUAACCUCGACUAUCCCUAUGAAAUCGCCUCUUUUCGCUACAAUGAAGAAUGUGAAUUACUUGCCAAAUGUUCUUUCAGUAAUGGAAGCCGAAGACAAGGGUGCAUUUGCUUCGAUUUGGGUUGAUGAGGAAGGUUUUAUCGCCGAGGGUCCGAAUGUGAAUGUUGCAUUUAUAACCGAUGAUAAGGAGCUUAUUUUGCCUUCGUUUGAUAAGAUCCUAAGCGGAUGUACCGCAAAAAGGCUUCUCGAAUUAGCACCUAAGUUGGUCGAACAGGGGCGUCUUAAAAGUGUCAAAACUGCCGAUCUUACCGUCGAGGAAGCCAAACGUUCGACUGAAAUGAUGUAUAUAGGAAGCACCCUACCGAUAUUGCCGAUCAUUGCGUGGGACGAACAGCCCAUCGGAGAUGGAAAAGUGGGAUAUUUGACAAUGGCACUCUCCGAUCUGCUUUGGCAUGAUAUGGUGGCCGGCCCCGAUACACAGAGGCUCUGCGUGCCGUAUAUUAACUGAAUCCGGCAUUCGUCAAGGGUGCUUGGAAAGGGCUGAUGCUGCUAGGCGUCUCACUAGUUAUUAUUCCAGCUGCAUGUCCUUGCCCCGUCUGCUUUAGUUUUGCUUCUUUCAAAAUGAGCGAGCCGAAAGGUUCCAAAUAAGAGGCCCAUCUCGUGUACUAUUGUGCGUGUUAUUUAGUAAAAACAUAAUGUU